AUGGAGCUGAAGAGAGGAAAGACUUUCAUCAAAUCCAGCCUGCAGAUUUCCCAUGAGAAACCCCCAGACCCAGCAGCCACUGCUUCAGCCAGGGAGGAUGCAGACCCCUGGUCAGCUUCUCUGGGAGGGCAGCAGAGGCCCCAUGAUGAGAAGAUGGCCGCCCAGGCCAGUCCCAGGACUCAAGGAUAUGACAGAUCCCCCAACAAGGGGGCAGAGCUGCCGGACCCCGAGGUGGGACCCACAGUCAUCUGUGGGUCCACCUUCAAGCUGGUGCAGAAGAGCAAGACCCACGACAGUUUACCCGGGCCCAGCAGGGUGGCUGCUGCCACAGGGCAGAUGGUGGGCAGCGCGAGCUUCCCGGGAUCCCCCGGUGGCCAGCGCAUGAUAGACUACCGCCACUUUGUGCCCCAGAUGCCUUUUGUGCCAGCCGUGGCCAAGAGCAUCCCAAGAAAAAGGAUUUCCCUGAAACGGCCCAAGAAGUGCUUUCGGAACCUGUUCCACAUUCGCAGAAACAAGACUGAGAAUGUGGCCUCUCUAGCAGCCAAGGGGAAGAGUCUGUCCUCCCCCGUAGGCCUGUCAGAUGCUGAAGGGCGCCAAGGCAAAGCCUUUCUUCCCUUGGGCGAGUGGCCGGGGCUGGAUGGCCUGGACCAGGACCUGUCUGACAGCGAGCUCCUGCCUGAUUCAUCCUUUGACCUCUGCAGAGCCCUGUGUGAAGAUGUGGCCUCGCUCAAGAGCUUCGACUCACUCACAGGCUGCGGGGAGAUCUUUGCAGAUGAGAGCUCAGUGCCAUCCCUGGAGCUGAACGAGGGCCCGGAGAGCCCAGCCCAGGAAUCUCAGGCCUUGGAGGGCAAGGUUCCCAGGGGCCCCCUGCAGGGCAGUGUGGAGCAGCUGGCAUCCCCUGCCCAGAAUGAAGCAUCGGACUUCAGCAAGUUCUGGGACAGCGUGAACCGCUCAGUGAGGCAGCAGCAGCGUGCCCUGCUGGGCCAGUGGCUGGUGGGCCCCCAGGGGACAGACACUGACCAGCCCAGGAUGGAUGCUGCUGGGCUCGCUGAGUUGCCCCUGUGCCCCUGCAGGGACCCCCACAGCAGCUCCAAAGCCAGCUCCAUAGACACAGGCACCCCCAAGAGUGAGCAGCCAGAGUCGGUGUCCACGAGUGACGAGGGUUACUACGACUCCUUCUCACCAGGCCUUGAGGAGGACAAAAAGGAGACCCUGAGCCCAGGAACACCUGCAGCCACCUUCCCCCGGGACAGCUACAGUGGGGACGCCCUCUACGAGCUCUUCUAUGACCCCAGUGAGGGCCCUGUUGGCCCGAGCUUGGAUGAUGACCUGUGUGUGUCUGACAGUCUGUCAGGGCCAGCCCUGGGGACACCACUGUCUAUGUGCAGCUUCCACGUGGGGGCUGAGGAGAACCUGGCGCCAGCACCAGGCCCUGACCUGCUCAGCCAGGGCUUCCUGCAGAGCUCCUGGAAAGGCAAGGAGUGCCUGCUGAAGCUCUGCGACACUGAGCUCGCCAUCACCAUGGGCAUUGUCAACUGGCUCCGCCGUGGCCCAGAGCCCCGUGCUCCACCAGCCCCCACCCCUACCCCUGCCCCUGUCCCAGGGGAGCCUGCAGCCCCAACCAGCCCCCAGAGAGUCCCCAGGGAGCCAGCAGAGAAGCUGGAGGACAAGGGGGCCCGGGCAGCAGAUGCAGGCAGGGCCACAGUGUGCUCAGCACCCAGCAGGCAGGAGCUGUGGGCACACUCGGGUGCCAAAGGCCUGUUUGCUGGAGAAAGUGAAGUCCCAGGGGGUGCCACAUGGGGGACCAGCAUGCCAUCCUGGGACCCCUCUCUGGAGGAAGGGACACAAGGCCACCCUGAAGGCUUGUUCUCUGUGGGGUCUACAGCCUCCAAGACAACAGACAAUCCCAGUAAAAACAAGGCCCCAAACCCUUCUGCCUGGCCCAGCUCCCAGAAGGAGGCCAGGCCUUCUGGGAACCUGGGGUGUUUUCAAGGCCCCUGGAAGCCAGGUCACAGGGGAAGCACUCUGGAUGCAGAGCCCAUGCUGAUGGGCUGUGUGGCCCACGUGGCAGCCCUGCAGAUCCUCCCAGAUGGCCAGCCCCUGGCCACAUGGUCUCCAAGGCAGGGUACAGGCAGUGGACUCUUUGGGCAGACGAGGGGCCCUGACAUUCUGCAGCAGAAACAGCCCAACAGCUCCCCCAGAAUGACCACCAUCCAUGUCCGGCCCUCCCCAGCCAGCCCACAGGAUCAGAGAUAUCGAGACCAAAUCCUGGACCUGAGCUGGCUCAGGGUGGGCCCCACCAGGCCAAGUGCCCAGGCCUGUGCUUCCAUGGAGGAUCAGCCCCUGCAGUUCAGCACAGGGGCUGUGGAGCAGGCGACACACAUGGGUCAGCUGGACUCUGAGGCCCCCGUGGCUCCUGCUGCCCAUGAGAGCCCCGGGAACCACUUCCCAGAAAUCCUAGGCCUCACUUCAGACAGCCAGCGGGAAAGGUGCCCCUCUGCAAGUGCUCCAGAAUGCCGCUGCAGCCUCCUGGCCCAUGAGGGCAUACUCUGCAGCCAGCUGGAAGUGGGGGCACCUAGGCCAGCCGUGGCCGAGCCUCACCUGUAG